CGUUCCCGCGGAAAGCCUCGAGGAGGCGGAGAGCUCUGACCAAUCACAGCCCGACCGGGAGCUCGGGGCGGGGUCUCGGCGCCGGAGCCAAUGGGUUUCCAGCGCACGCCAGGCCCGCUGCGGGGCCUCGAGGUCCCAGCCUGCCGACCUGGACGCCUGCAGCAGUGAUCAGAGAACGGGGCUUCAGGAAGCCGGGGGCGGGCGCUCAGGCGGAGCUGCGGGCAGCUCCACGCGGAAACGUAGGCCCCGCCCUGGGCUGUUAAGGCGUUAUGGCCGCUGGCGCGGAGACGGAAACUUGAGAUGGAGGCAGAGGCCGAAGUCGAGGCCCCGGAGUCCACCAGCAGAGAGUCAGGGACUAGGCGAAGGAGCCAGAAAGGUGGCAGCAUGGAGCUCCCAGAGGCGCCUCGUGUUCGGGUGCCUGUGGUGGAUGUGCAGGUGGACAACUUCAAGGACGUGUGGCCUUCCAUCCUCUUGGCGAUCAAAACAGCCAGCUUUGUGGCUGUGGACACGGAGCUGAGCGGUCUCGGGGAGAGGAGGAGUUUGCUGAAUCACUGCAUUGAAGAGCGAUAUAAAGCCGUGUCCCGUGCAGCCCGAACACGCUCUGUCCUCUCCCUGGGCCUGGCCUGCUUCAAGAGACAGAAGAACAAGGGGGAGCACAGUUACCUGGUGCAAGUGUUUAACCUCACUCUGCUGUGCAUGCAAGAGUACGUCAUUGAGCCGCAGUCAGUGCAGUUCCUGGUGCAGCAUGGGUUCGACUUCAACCGCCAGUACACACAGGGCAUCCCAUACCACAAAGGUGAUGACAAGGGGAACGAGAGCCGCAGCCAAGGGGUCCGGAUGCUGUUCCUGGAGCUGAUCCGUGCCCGCCGGCCACUGGUGCUACACAAUGGCCUGAUCGACCUGGCCUUCCUUUACCAGAGCUUUUACGCUCACCUGCCGGACAAGCUGAUCACCUUUACUGCUGAUCUCUUUGAGAUGUUCCCGGCGGGAAUCUAUGAUACCAAGUAUGCUGCGGAGUUCCAUGCCCGCUUUGUGGCCUCCUACUUGGAGUAUGCCUACAGGAAGUGUGAACGGGAGAAUGGAAAGCAGCGAGUUGCCGGAUCCCCCCACCUGGUCUUGGAGUUUUGCAGCUAUCCAUCCAGCAUGGACUCCCACAUUGACUAUCGCUGCUGUCCCAUGCCCGAGGCCCGCAUCCAGCUGAGCUCCAACCUCUCCACCUCUAACAUCUGUGACACUUUCUCUGCCUAUGGCUGGUGUCCCCUGGGGCUACAGUGCCCUCAGUCCCAUGAUGUCGACCUCAUCAUCAGCACAGACGAGGCCAUGGAAGACAGAAGGAAGCGGCGGGGGGGCCGGCGGAGGAAGCGGUGGAAGGGAUCGUCAGGCCAGCCCCAGGCUGUGCCUGGGGAUGGGCCAACCCCCCAAAAACAGACCUGUAGGGAAGGCCAUAGGGCCGAAGUGGAGGAUGGGGCCGAAGUGGAGGAUGGGGCCAACCCCUUAGAGAGCGAGGCUGACGAUGUGUCUUUGUCUGGCCCAGAGCCAUGCUCCAGUGAGGACAUGGAGCCAGAGCCAGAGCUGGAGCUGGACUUAGAGCCUGGGGAAGGAGCUGGGCAGAGCUCUGGGUCUCGGGUGCCCAGGGUGGGAGGGGGGCUACACCGUGCUGGCUUUGAUGCCUUCAUGACAGGCUAUGUCAUGGCCUAUAUGGGGGUGAGUGGGGGUUCACAGCCCUGUGGUGAGGAGCCUUGGUUGCCAGAGUGCCACAAUAAAGUGUAUCUGAGUGGCAAGUCUGUGCCCCUGCCCAUAGCCAAGAGCCACUUCUCCAGGACCUCCAAAGCCCACAGUGAGAAGAUGAAGCUGGCCUGGGGCAGCAACUAAGUCAAUUUCCUUCCUGCUGCCCCCUAGGGGGAGGCUGGGCUCCUGGGCUUCCUCUUCUCUGGGCCUCGCACCUUCUCCCACAUGUGGAAGGGGGUUGUGGUUGGGGCCUGGGUCAGGACAGUUAAAGCCUGAGGUGACAGAGGCUUGUGGGCGCAGGCUUGGAGCCCAUUCUGGCCAACUUGAGAGAGGAGAGGACACCUGUGGACAGCACCCCUUCCCAGGGGCCCAAGAAAGCCAAGUCUGACCAGCUACCUGCAACUCUUUUAAUUUUUAAAUCUGAAAGCAACUUGGUAAAGUUUUACAAAAAGAAAAA